AAACUUCGAUUUGUUAAAACUAUGAGCCUCGCAAAACAAGCUAUCACUUUACAAGAUGACGAUGAAAAUGAUUAUGAGUUAGAAAGUUUCUUAAGAAACUAUAUUGAGAAGAAAAAACUUGAAUGUGAAAGACAAACACAACAAAGGGAACUUCAAAUUCUUAAGAAGUAUCAAAAUUUUGAUGUUCCAUCUAUACAAAUUAAUAAUGAAAAACUAGUUUCUAUUGAAAAUGUUGCAGAUCCUGCAUAUUAUGUUGGUAAAGAAGCACCACGCAAAAAGCGUAUUAAAGGUGAACAAGAAAAUUAUCAG